AUGCCCCCAACGGUUCAACUGAUACGCGCAAGAACGGCUCUGAUAGCGCUUUGGUGCAGCGAGCGGCGUAGGAAUAUCACAGACAACCCACUCGUGCCUCUACCUCAUCGCACCGUUCAUCACCAUCACAAACUCAACAACAACAUACAUACCAUACGAGGUGAAGCUUCCCUUCAUGUCGAGUUGAAUUCGAGUAAUUCACCAUGGGUUCUUCUUACAAUUGUGGUCAACCCUCUGUAUUGGAUCUGGGGUGUCCUUCGUGUUUGGGACGAAGUUAGGGUUUACGCCCAAUUUCGCCUCAAAUUUUGGGGAUUUCUGAAGCUUCUUUCUGGUUUGGUGAUUGAAGCUGCGAUGGAGGAAGAGACCUCCGAUGCAAUGAAUCUUGAUUUGAAUCUGGGUCCAGGCCCAGAGCCUGAAACUGGCCCAAUAAAUAACGAAGCUGUGAACUUGGACGAUUGGAUAGGGGAGCCUCUUCAGAGAAUUAGCGAAGCUGUGAGGUUUAGGGCACGACAUCGGUGGCGAUGGCGGCAUCUUCCGCUACCGCAUUCUGAACUUCAUGUUCACAUCCCACCUGAAGCUGCGCGGCAUUUUCAUAUACCACCUGAGGCUCACAAUAUCUCCAUGGAAUUGAACCAGUUUUUGGUCAAUUCUGGAAACGGGACUGCCUUACAGGCUGGGGAAGGCAGUGUGGCGGCGGAGGAGAGAAUGGAGGAGGCGCCGAAGGCGUGUGAGAAUGUCAAUGGUGUUGCAGAGGACGAGGCUUCACAGAAGAAGGAUGAUGUUGAAAAGGGUAGUGGCACUGAUGGAGACUUUUUUGAUUGUAACAUAUGUUUGGACAUCUCUAGGGAUCCUGUUGUUACUUGUUGCGGCCAUUUGUUUUGUUGGCCUUGCCUUUAUAGGUGGUUGCAUCUGCAUUCGGAUGCGAAGGAGUGUCCCGUUUGUAAGGGAGAGGUGACUCUUAAAAGUGUUACCCCAAUAUAUGGCCGUGGGAACAUUGUACGAGGUGGUGAAGAGGAUACUGCUCUUAAGAUCCCUCCCCGGCCUCAAGCAAGGAGAGUUGAGAGUCUGAGACAAACCAUUCAGAGAAAUGCUUUUGCACUCCCUGUGGAAGAGAUGAUUCGGCGUCUCGGAAGCAGAAUUGAUCUUACUCGUGAUUUUGUUCAGCCACAUGAAGUAGAUGGUACCCGAGAAACCGCAGAUAGAACUACCUCCUUGCUAAGUAGGUUCUUAACUGCUCGAGGCAUACGGAGAGAGCAGAAUUUAGUGGCACCCCCAGAGGAUGUAAUGGGUUUGGCUCAGAAUAAUGUAAAUGCUGCCGAGGCAGGGGAUAACCGAAGUAGGGUGCAAUCCCAUUUGCUUCGAAGAACACAAUCACACAGAGCAACUCUUUCUACUCUUUCAUCAGCACUCACUUCUGCUGAAAGAUUAGUUGAGGCAUAUUUCCGUAGCAAUCCAAUAGGUAGGAACCAAGAACAACCUCCUCCUCCAGUUGAUGACAGGGACUCCUUUUCAAGCAUUGGUGCUGUGAUAAAUUCAGAGAGUCAAGUCGACACUGCUGUAGAGAUUGAUUCCAUGGUAUCCUUGUCAACGUCCUCUUCUAGGAGGAGGAAUGAUACUUCAAGAUUGUCUGAUGUCGAUAGUGGAGAUUCUCGUGCUCCAAGGCGCAGACGUUUGAACUGA